AUGUCAUUCUCAUCACGCUCGCGCAACCCAAACCCGCUCCUCAACACCGUGCGCAAGCACCCAUUCGUCUUGUUUGGUCUGCCCUUCCUCUCCAUCGUCGUCGUGUCCAGCUUUGCCCUCAAAUCGUUCACCCAGAACCGCUAUGACCUCGACAAUCAAAAGGUCCAGGCAGUGAACAAGGAGGAGUCCCUUGGCAUGGCCAAGGACAGGAAGAAGAUUGACAUUAGGGAGGAGUACUAUCGUCUCACUUCCGGCGCGUUAGCAGAAGAGAGCCUCUCCGCCCUUGACUCUACCCCUUCCAUGUCCACCACAGCCCCAGCCUCUUCUUCUGGACCUCGGCCGCCGCGCAAGAAGAAGUUCAGCAUGGCCGCGACCACUCAGGACGACUACGAGCCCGUCCGUGUACCCCGUCCCGACGGCGUGUCCGAAUGGGGAGCCAUGAGCUCUGGCUCCGAGGACGCUCCUGUCAAGGGCAGCCGUCCCGAGGACCGCUGGGUGUAA